CUAGCAAAACGAUAACAUUGCUGAAGUCUGAAAGACGAAAAGGAGAACGUGUUAGUCGAAAAUAAAAUAAUUAUUGAAAUCUCUCAGACGUUGCAUUAACAAAUAUGUUGGAAGACCUCAGUAUCAGCGUCUGAAGACUGUUUACGGCAUGUCCUUUGUUUACUAAACACACAUUAGCCAACUGAGCCCAGCGCUGAUUAGGUGUCCUCUGCACAUUGUAUGAGCAAGAUCAUUCACCAUGGAAACCGAAGCAGAGGUUAUUCCUAUUUGGCAGAACAAGCCUCAUGGGUCGACUCGCAGUGUGGUGAGGAGAAUAGGCUCUAUUGUACCCAUGAAACCACCGCCCAGGGCAUGUUUCCAGGAACUCCCAGGUCUCCCUCCUCUGCGGCCCAUGGAUGGCCCCAUGGUGCCCACACUGGCAGACAUUGCCUGGAUCGCAGCAGAUGAGGAGUCUGAGACCUAUGCCAGAGUGCGGAGCGAUUCACGCCCUCUUAGACAUGAGUGGCGACCCACGCCUCUCCUGGUUAUGCACAGAAACUCCUCUGUUCCCAACUUCCGCCGCGACGUCAAGAAGGUGGAGACGCUGAGGAAGCCUGCGGUGACGGCCAUGAACCGUACCACCUCCCUGCAGGAUGAGCUGAGCAGACUCCGCUCCCAGAUCGCCAAGAUCGUAGCCACAGAAUCUGGCUCUAACCCCUUGACCCCUGACCUCCUGUCCCCCGACGACACCAGCAUGAGCUUUUCCAUGGCGCCCUUCGAGACGGCGCCCUACCAGCCCGCCGCCUCAGCCUCCUUCGUCAUCAGUGAUGUGACGGAAGAGGAAGAGGAGGAAGAUGAGGAGGAGGAUGUGGUGUCUGUGGUUUCGGAGCUUAUGCCGGACCCCAUGCCGCCCGCAAACAUGUCUGCCUCCAUGACGGCCUCGGCGACCUUUGACCUGGACCAUCCCAGCAUGGACUUCCGGGAGGCGGAGGAGGACACAGUGUCGCUGUCCAAGUCCACCAGCUUUGCUGACGUCAUGGACAUCCUGAAGGACAUGAACCGCAUGAAGAUGAGUAAGGACAGGUGCAACAGAGGCUGCACCUCCCUGAUGGGGGAGUCGGACUCCGCCUCGCUCAUCUCCGAGGCCUUGAGGAAGAAGUUUACCCUGAAGGAUGAAGACAUCAGGGGGAUGAAGAAACACAACUAGAGCCCCCGUAGUCCUCCACCUCCCCACGCCUGUGCCUGACGACCCAGUCCCGUGGAGACCCGGCUGCACCUCAUCAACCGUGGCAACGGUUAAACCAGAUGUCUGGAAAAACAAACCACCACCUCCCAGCAGGCCCAGUCAGUCUGAACCCAACCAAAUCUAAACCAUACCCUAGCUAUUAAAAAUAUUGCCAAGUCAGACCAUGGUAGCAGCUGGCUGAUAGGCACUAUUAGAUGGGUGCUGUUUGACGUAGCAGAGAAUUUUCGACCAACCUUAACUUGUCGAUUCUUCCUCAAUUCCAGACUUGGAAGACAACUAAUGUCUUUUAAAAGUCCAUGUCUAGUUUCAGGGGGUUUGAAUUUAGAAAAAUCAAUUUUGUCUGCCACCCAUUAAUAAUGAUUAAAAAGAAAAGUCAAAAGGUUUGACAGCAGUACCAUAUAAAAUGCAAGUCAGUUGGGAACAGGUUUUUGAUGUCCCAUACCUUGGCAUCGAGUCUAUGAACUGACAUAUAAAACAAUUAUUGACAUCAAUCUGUUAAUUUUAAUUUAAGCUAUUAUAUAAAAUACUUACUACAAAAGAAUGAUCAAUAUAUGGGGCAUUGGACAGUCAGCCUUGUGCACCCUCUGUCACGAGGAAACAGAAUCAAUAGAACAGUCAGCCUUGUGCAGACUCUGCCACAAGGAAACAGAAUCUAUAUAAUGUGUUCUGGUACUGUCCAUCAGUGGCUCGCUUUUGGAGUCAGGUCCAGGAAUGGUUAUGUCAUAUCAGGGUUCAGAUGGACAUGCCGACUAUUGUUAUGGCAUCGGAACAACCACGAUCAGUCAAUGGGGAAAUAUCAUUGUAGUCUUGGGUAAAGUAUUUAUUUUCAAGGCAAUAUCGGUAGAAAUAUUACAAAUAGGGAGGUUCAGGAGCCUCGUAAGACAUCAUAGUAAAAUGGAGGGAUGUAUUGCAAAAGGAAAUUGCUAAAUGGCGUUAUACUGUGAAAGAUGGGUUAAUCUGUGGACACCGGAGGGUUGGAGUUAAGGUCACAAUGAAUGGUGGAUUGAAAAUCCAGCACUUGAAGAUUAAAUUAGAAAUAUAAAUGUAUAGUUAUUUAAUGACAGGUACCGUAGAUGUGAGCGAAACAGCUGUAAAUAGCAGAAGUAUUGUAGUCUGUUUAUUCCAAUCAGAGUAGGGAAAUUAACAAAUAAGGAGAUUGGAAAUGAUGCAGACAAUUUCAUGGAUAGAACCUACAAUCUAUCUGCAAUAUUAAAGCUGAUCUACCCCCCCCCCC